AUGUCCUUGGCAUGUUUGACAGACCUUCAGACAUUUGCUCAACAGCAGCUAUCUAAGACAGUUUGAGAUUUUAUUGAAGGUAGUGCUGACACAUGGAAUAAUAAUGUUGCAGGAUUUAAAAGAAUCUACCUCUAUCCAUGGUAUCUGAGAAAUGUGUCAGUGAUGGACACCAAGACUACAGACCAGAUGAAGAGACUGGUGCUCACAUUUGCAUCACACCCACAAGUUUCCACCACGUUGCCUGGCUUGAUGGAGUACUGUCGGAGGCACAAACUAAUCUCAUCUUCAGGUUCCCUUCUCAGAAGGCUAGAAGUGUGCAAGAAGCUUCCCUCAGAGCAGUGUGACAAGGAACUCCAGGAUUUCUCACAGAAAUGCCUGGGGACAGCUAAUCUUUUGGGCUUCGAAGCCUUGGUAUUUACUGUGGAUGUACCCAUAACUGGAAAAAGGUGACAUAUUAUCAGAAACCAAUUGGAUUUGAAGAAGAAAUUGAUAUUAAAUGAUCUUUGAUCACCAAAGGAGAUUCUGGAGUAA